AUGCACCGUGUCUUUCUCAUCAACGAGGUCGUCUUCAACAUUGCGUGGCAUGCAGCCAACAAAGACCUUUCAGCGCUCGCACGGGUCUGCCGUGGGUUUACUGAUCUGGCACUUGAUGUGCUAUGGUACAGCUUGGACUCGUUUCUACCCUUGCUUCGCUGCCUCCCAGCCGAUCUCGUCGAACGAACGCAGUAUCCUCAGGACGUGACCUACACCUUUAUACGCCCUCUCACGGAAACAGAUUGGGAGACGUUCAUGAAGUAUGCUCGUCGCGUUGUGGCUCUCAAAGGCGUAACAUCUGGAGCAUACGUGAUCAUCAAUGGAAAGCGCACAAAACUGGAAGAGAUCAUGGACAAGGUGAUUGUCGAUACUCUCUCCUCACCCCCAACUUUACAGCCUCUCUUGCCCAAACUCCGUACGCUCGUAUGGCGAGGACCUUCCGCUCGGCCCACUGUCGCGUUAUUUCGCUUUUUACUUGGCCCAUCUAUCACUGUGUUGAACGUCUUCAUGGACAAUUUUGGCGUGGAAGUCAUGAGCCUUGUCUCCUUCCUCCCGGAGACGUGUCCAUUGAUGAGGCAAUUCAUAUGGGAUACAAGUAGGUUCGCGAGGUACGACGACAACGACGCCCGCAUCUUCUCAAACACAAUCUGUCAAUGGAACAACCUUACGUAUCUGAGGUGUCCUGUGCUCAACAGCACCGCACUGCAGCACCUCUCCCCCUCGAACUCUUUGAGAGUACUCAACACCACUCUCGACGGCCCCUUUCCAGACACCGUUUCUCUUGCUCUUCCUACAUUUCCCGCUGUCAAGCGACUUUUGCUGAGUAGCCCGCCCGGGCUUCCCCUGUCGACUAUUGCAACCCUGUUGAAUGGCGCGAUGAUUUCCCCGGAAGAGCUAUGGGUGGGCGCAGAUACAAUCGAAACCCACGCGAUUGCCCAGGUCACCGAGGCGCUCGGAACGCACUGUGACGUUGCCAGACUCGACACGCUCACGAUUGCGGAAAACCCUACCGAGCUCCAUCAAAUACCCGCAGACUCAUCUCUGACAUGUGCCAUGAUCCGGCCCGUUUUCUCCCUAUACAACAUGGACAAGCUCGAGAUUGACACGUACCGCAGCGUCGCCCUCACCGACGCUGAUCUCCUCGAGAUGGCCACCGCCUGGCCGGGUCUCAGAAUCCUCAAGAUCAACACGGACAUGGGUUGGCGUACCCGCCCAGCCGUCACCCUACGCGUUCUCCCUCACCUCCUUGACAGGCUCCCGCUCCUUGAAUCCCUCUCCAUUGCAGUAGAUGCGUACUACGAGCGGCUGACCCCCAGAGAAGUCGAGGUUGGGCAAAAGACAAACCGCAAGGGAAUUCGCUAUCUGCACGAUGAUUUUGCGUUGGACUUGCUGGACUCGAGGAUAAGAAGGGAGGAUGUUCUCGUCGUCGCUGCGUUUCUAUCGGACCUUUUCCCCUACGUGCGACACUUUGAUUUCUGGAAGAAUCGUGGAAUGAGAGUGAGUGGUCAGGACGCAGAUGAAGACGAUGGAAAGGAGAAGGUGGCGGUGUAUGAGGAGAGGUGGACGCAGGUGGAGGACGCGAUGAAGGUCAUGUUUCACGUCAGGAGACAGGAGAAGGCACGGUGGACAGGGAAGGCGGAUCUGGACGCUGACUCGGAGGAAAGCGACGAUGUCGAGGAGUGA